UCUGUGCGACUUGCGCGCCUCCGCCCCCGCGCGGGGAAUCUUUAACCCGGGGCAGGGAGGAGGGCGGGAGGCCUCGCGCUCCUGGCCAGUUGCGGCCGCCAUGCGGGUGGCGGUGUUCAUCGUCGAUGCCUUCACGGCGGAGCCGUUCGGCGGGAACCCGGCCGCGGUCUGCCUGCUCCAUGGUGAAUUAGAUGAAGACAUGCACCAAAAAAUUGCAACAGAAAUGAACCUCUCAGAAACUGCUUUUAUCAGAACACUGGACACCAAAGAUGACUUCACCAAAAGUUCCUGCUUCGGAUUAAGGUGGUUCACACCAACUAAUGAGGUCCCUCUUUGUGGUCAUGCAACGCUAGCAGCAGCUGCCGUAUUAUUCAAUAUACAAGAAAACAUGAAUUCAGCUCUCACUUUUGUAACACUGAGUGGCGAAUUAAAGGCUAAACAAGAAAAAGAUCAUAUUGUCCUGGACUUACCCCUUUAUUCAACUUACCCACAGGAGUUUCAGGAAGUAGAAGAGCUAGUAAAGACAGCAGUAGGUGAUAUGGUUGUUCAAGACCUUCGCUAUUCUCCUGACGCAAAAAAACUCCUAGUCCGUCUCAGCGAUACUUAUGAAAGGUCUGUCUUGGAGAAAUUAAAAGUGAAUGCCCAAGAUCUUGUGCCAGCUGAGAAGACAGGAAAGGUGAAAGGGCUAAUACUGACACUUAAGGGAAGUUUGAGUGAAAAACAUAAAAAUUAUGACUUUUAUUCUCGAUACUUUGCACCAUGGAAUGGAGUUCUGGAAGAUCCUGUUACAGGAUCUGCCCAUGCUGUUUUAGGCAGCUACUGGUCACAGCACCUUGGUAAAAGUGAAAUGCUUGCUUUUCAGUGUUCUCCCCGUGGAGGAGAAAUGAAGAUGUCACUACAGGGUGAUGGAAGGAUUGACAUCGCUGGUCAAGUUGUUAUUGUCUUAACAGGCAAUUUGACAUUCUGAAGGGAAUCAGCACUAACAGCUCCAUCUGUCUGAGCUUCAAAUUAUUCAAAUUGUAUCUGGUUAUAUCUUGGUCUUAAAGUGCAAAUCAUCACUGUCUUGUGAAACCCUUAAUUCUUAAUUGUUUCCUCCCCACUUCAGAGAUUACUUGAAAAUUGUCUUUCAGGUCUUCAGGGUGUUCAGUGGACUUUCUCUUGAUCAUCUUAUAUCCUUCUAAACUCAAUGAUUCUUUUUUGUUUCUUUUAAAUCCCAGAUUUCUUCUUGCCUUUUUCCUUUUUGCAGGUAUAGAGUCUUUUCUCACACUGUCCAGUAACAUCCUUCUUGUAUUCCUACUCCUGUGAUCUCCUUUUUAUGUUCAGACUCAUCUUAAAAGCUAUUUCUGGUCUCUUUCACUCGCUCAUAAAAUAAUUAAAUCCUUCCUUUAUGUUCAAUCUCUCUUCCUGCAGUCUGACCAUUGUUCCUCUUUUUUCUUUUCCUUGCAUCCUGUCUUCAAUAAUUUACUUGAUUUAAAAUGUGAAAACUAAUUGUAUGUGAAAUCCUCUUUCUUUCUUCUCUUUUGAAUUAUGCUUUUCAAGAAUGAAUUAUAUUGAAGAAGCUUAUAACAUUAAAUCUUGAUUUGAAAUUUCUGGUUGAAGAACACAGAUGGCUACACUAAGCUACUUUUAUUGAAUGCUUCAAAAUCUGAAGCUUUCCUCCUAGUUCAAAAGUCCUUUCUGCAGUGUCCUCUCUGUGCAACAUUAUCUCUAAUCUUAUGUCAGCUAUUUUCUUGAGUCUUUACUUUGCUGCUGUUUUGGUGUUCUCUCAAUUCAUCAUUUAGGAAUAUAAGACUCUUUCAGUUGUCAUGACCAGUUUAUCUACCACUCUUUCUUCCUCUUUCCAAGUCACUUUUUUUCUAAAUUUUGCUUUAAGUCUUUCAUUUUUUCUUUAUUUUGUAAUUAUCUCUCAGUGUGUACUGCAUUUUUAAUUCAAAGGUAUUGUCAUCCUGCAUGAUCAGUUGGCAGUAAUUUACAUGGCUUAUAUAUAUUGGGGAGAUUGGCUGUACUGAAGGUGAACUCCAGUACUGUCAUUACUUUGUGAUUUUCAUCUUGAUAAUCUCCAAAGCUCCUGGAGAUGAGUAAAGAUGUAAAAAUCUCAGAUUUCAUUUUAAAAAGUAAGUUUCUCACCCUCAUAGUUGCAUAUAGAAUAUUGAUAAUGUGACUUGAAUAUCUUAAAGGUUCACAGCCAGUAGGUAAACAAAAGGAACCUCCAGUUAAAAAUAAAAAUAAAAAAUCUCACGCGUGCUUUGGGCCUGGCUCAUGAAUUUUGAAUAUUUGAGGUUUUAGUACUGAAACUCAAACAUGAGGGAGGGCACUGGAGUCAGCCUAGGAGGAGCAUGUCUUGCAGCCAAUUGAAAAUAACCUGCCCACUUUUGGAGAUGCACUGCUCACUCAGGACCCCUGGUAGACCAGCAAAUGUGGGCAGCUUGCUCUGCUACAUUCCCCAUUGUAGGCAGGUUACUCAGGAAGUGAGAGUGACCCACAAUCUAAUCUGAGAAAUGUUUUUAGAAAAACUCCUUUAGAAUGUUGAUGCAUAAAAAAGCAAUUAUUGUUCACCUGUCCAGAUUUAACAAAUAGACAGUACAGCUUUCUCCCCCAAGGGGACUAAUAAUCAACAAAGCCCAAUAACUUUUAAAUGUGCCUGCUAUCUAAAUCUUCCUGACCAAACCAAUAUACUUGCUGCUUAAUGCAAUUUUUUUUGUAGUUUAUUUUUUCUUAGUCUCCAUUUCUGUUCAGUAUAGAAAAAUCACCAGAGCUCAGGUGGGAGACUCUGCAGUAAUGUGUUUGUAAUCAACAGAUUAGUUAAUCAGCUAUGAUUUAUUAAUGAUGAAUUAAUUAUACCUGAUUGUGCAGUUCUGCUGGCUAAAUGGAGCUUUAAAGGGGUUAUUUUAUUAAUCAUCACUGUGCUAAUUGCAGACACUUACAGGAGGAUCACUAAUUAAACAUGCAACCAUAUGCAAAACAAGCUAGGCUGCUGAGUGCAGCAAGAAUAAGAACACUCAUUUUCUGACUAACAAACUUUAUUUUCCAUGAAAUAUUAUGUAGUUGACUUGGUGAUGCUAAUUACUCACCAAGAAUUAUUUUAAUAUGUUACACAUUUUCAGUCAGCAAAAAAAGGAAAUUGAUCUUUAAACCAAAUUCCAUAGGCAUUCUGUCCCAGCCAAAUUCUAUUGAGCUUUCCUGGUGCAAAAGCUGUAAGCCAUGUGAACAAUCCAAAAAUAGAUUGUUUACAGUUUCUGUGAGAUUUUUCACAUUUCCAUGGCAAAUUAUUAACCAUGCAAAUGGAAGAUGAUUUUUAGAAACAGUUGUCAUAACCUGCAGCAAGGUACUGAAUAUCACUUACUAUAUGUAGUAGAGUGGCUUCAACACAUCGUAAAACUAAGGCAUUGAUAGAUUUUAAAUAUAAAGUAUAAAUGAGUGUUUAAAACAGAAAACAAAUGAAGUAAACCUUGGUUAAAAAAGGAAAUACUGGAAAAAUAUGUAUCAGAAGGUUCUAGAACAGGGGUUGGCAGCCUAUGGUUUGUGGACUGGAUCUGGCCUGUGGAGUCAUUUGAUCUGACAUUCGGAUGUGGAGCUAUGGCACUGUCAUUUUUCCCUGCAACCACGGGAAGACUGUGGGUGAUCUCACUGUGCUGCCAUGGGGAAAAGUGAUGCUAGUCCUAGCACCUACCUUCACCCUCCUUCAUCUGAUCCAAACUGGGUCAGUCUGGCAUGCAGCCUUAAAGGUUGCUGCUGUUCUAGAACAUUAGAAAGGAAACGGGAAAUACGUAGCAGUAGAUCAUAUGGAGCACAUUAUAACUAUAUAAUUACUGCAUCUUCCUCUCAACAUGAAUAAAUUCCACUACAAUCAGUUUGAUGAAAAUUAAACAGUUGAUUUUAACCAUUUGAUCUUCAGGGUGCACAUUUAAUCUUGCGGAGUAUAUUGUGCCCUUAAAAUAUUAAUAAUAAUGUCUGAAUGCUACAGUGUUUUGGUGUAGAUGAUUUCCUUACCAUUAAUUUCCCCUAAACUCUUGUUUUAUUCAGAUGGUUGUCUUCCUUACUAAGUAAAUGGCAAUUGACUUUAAAAGCAAUGGCAUUACCCAGUAUAACCUGCAAAAUGACCAAAAUUAAUCAAAAUAAAAGUGGUGUUUGUAUUA